GGAAGGCACUUUCUCAGUUAGCGAAGAAGGUCCCGACCAUAAAACGCCGCGAAGAUGGUCUCGAGUAUCUGUGCGAUUACAGGAUACCGCCUUUUCGAGCGUUGUGGUAUCUAAAAGUUACUGCUGCCCUUACUGGAAGCCCAAAUACGACCAAACAGAAGAAAUCGAUUAGUGAUUUAUUCUCUGCAGAGUACAAGGAAAUAUUCGUGAAGGCUAUUAAAGAUUUAACUAGUCGUAUGUGGUGCAUCAAUGAUCUCUCAACGUGCCCUAUUUAUAAGGAGCGUUGGUUAUACAUAUCAAAUUUGAGUAAAAUAGCAUUUGAGGACGGGGUGAUUGAGCGUCAAGAUUUCUUGAACGAGUUAUGUGAUAUAUUUUCUGAUUAUUUCGUUCGCCGAGUGAAAAAUGAAGAAAAGCUACCACAGUUACGUGUUUAUUUAUUGUUCUUGACACAAUUUUUGCGACAUAUCAACAACAAUUUGAUCCUCGCUCGGCGGCUAGCUCAUAUGAUUGCCAUGAAACUCCGAUUGUAUAAAAUGGAAUAUGAUGAGCAGAAUAACACUGUUACGAAAGGAGCGGAGGCAUUCACAGCACUCGCGCAGUGUUCAGCUUUUCGACCUGUUAUUCAUGUUUUGAUAGCGGUUCUACAAAAUAUUGUAAUUGAUGCACCCGCGGCUGUCAUCUGGAACAAAUUCAGGGUUUCAACAACGGAUAAACUUCCAUUUAUUUUGUCCCAGUUAUGUGGGUCACCUCUCGACUUGCUCCCAUGUGCAGUUCAUGAAUUACCUCUCACUCCAGGGAAAGGUUUGUUUAUGGAU